UCAGUUGCAGUAGGAUUUCGGACCUGCAACGUCGUACCACCAUUUACUUCCUAUUCUCUUCAAGCAGUGCCCAUUUAACAACUUUUAUUCCUAUUUCCAUUUUUUUUUUACACGGAUAAACGUUUGGGGGAUAGAUCUUUUAUGGUCCUGGCCGAAGACUCCACGAUGUCUCGCACGGACGAGGUUCACCGAUUGACGGAAAAUGUCUACAAGACCAUCAUGGAGCAGUUCAACCCCUGCUUACGGAACUUUGUUGCCAUGGGAAAGAACUACGAGAAGGCCCUUGCCAAUGUGACAUUUGCAGCCAAAGGCUACUUUGACGCGCUGGUGAGAAUGGGCGAGCUGGCCAGCGAGAGUCAAGGAGCCAAAGAUUUGGGGGAUGUGCUGUUCCAGAUGGCCGAGGUCCACAGACAGAUCCAAGUGCAGCUGGAGGAGAUGCUGAAAUCUUUCCACAACGAGCUGCUGUCAGAGCUGGAGAAGAAGGUGGACCUGGAUGCCCGCUACCUGACUGCCGCGCUGAAGAAGUACCAGGUGGAGCACAAAAGCAAAGGGGACAGUCUGGAGAAGUGCCAGGGGGAGCUGAAGAAGUUGCGCAGGAAGAGCCAGGGCAGCAAGAACCCCUCCAAGUACGGCGAGAAGGAGAUGCAAUUCGUGGAGACCAUCAGCAGCAAGCAGACCGAGCUGGACACCUUCAUCGCCGAGGGCUACAAGACGGCCUUGUCCGAGGAACGUCGGCGGUACUGCUUCCUGGUGGACCGCCAGUGUGCCGUGGCCAAGAACAGCAGCGCCUACCACGGCAAGGGUAAAGACCUCCUGACCCAAAAGAUCCCAGUGUGGCUGCAGGCCUGUUCGGAUCCCAACAAGCUCCCAGAGAGGGCCGUGCUCUUGGCCCAGCAGAUGGGCUCAGGAAACGUAGGCGGCACAAGCCCCAUGCACGCUUCAAAAUCCAACCUGGUCAUCUCUGACCCCAUCCCUGGAGCUCAGCCCCUUCCUGUGCCCCCGGAGUUGGCUGUAUUCAUGGGCGGUGGCCUCGGACACCAGGCGAGGCUGAUGGGCCCCGACGGAAUGUCCAUGGUCAACGGGACAACAGGAGCGCACGGCGAGGAGUACUGGUCGGACGGCGGCAAUUUAUCCCAAGUCAGACCUCCGUCUCCACAGACCCAGGCGCAGGUGCAGUCCCAGGCUCAGCCUCAGAGACAGGUCAGCGACGUCUACUCCAACACCCUGCCUGUGCGCAGGCCCGCGCCUGCCAAGAAUAAGAACCCAGUGGGAGAGACCCGGACCCUUCCCCGCUCCAGCUCCAUGGCGGCGGGCCUGGAGAAGAACGGGCGCUCCCGCGUGCAAGCCAUCUUCUCGCACGCCGCCGGCGACAACGGCACCCUGCUCAGCUUCUCCGAGGGCGACGUCAUCACCCUGCUGGUGCCCGAGGCGCGCGACGGCUGGCACUACGGCGAGAACGAGAAGAACAAAAUGCGUGGCUGGUUCCCCUUCUCCUACACGCGAGUGCUGCCCGAGAGCGAUGGCGAGAAGCUCAAAGUGAAUCUGCAUCACGGGAAAAGUAGCAGCACGGGCAACUUGUUGGAGAGUGACGCAUCCCUGCCCACACCCGACUACGGCCUGACCGCCCGACUGUUGGCGCAAAGUCUAGCACAGACGCGCCCACGGCCCUACAGCAUGGCGGGCUUUGGCACCCAGCCUGCUAUCGAGGAUUACGACGCUCGCUUUGCCACCAGUUUGGGUCCAGACUUGUCCCGCUUCUGAGGGAUCAGGACCUCCUGACCGCUCCAUGGAGGUCUUCCUCCGGCCCACCUUCACCGACGACCGAUCUGCCACCAUCUUCUACUAGCUGACUGCAGUCCCCAUAUUGGCCACUAGAGGGCCCCAGAAACAUAGCAAGAGAGAGAGAGAAAAAAGGCGUAUAGGGGUGCGUUCACACUUGACUUUUUUGGGGUUUUCAGUUUGAAAUAAUUGCUGGUACGGUUUGUUUGGGUGUUAAAAACCAAGCAAGAACCUCAUUGUGAACUUGCACGGACCAAAAACUGCUCCCAGUGUAAACAUGAUAGUGUGUGUGUGUGUGUGGCACUCUCCCAAAAUAAAAAAAAAGGUACACGUUAGAAUAUUUGAUUACAAAUAUAAAAAUAACCUACCUUAUUUUCCGGACUAUAAGCCGCUACUUUUUUUCCCACCGCUUUGAAUCCUGCAGCUUAUAAAACGGUGUGGCUAAUUUAUAAAAAUAAAAAAAGUUUUGUAUUCAAAUAGUUUUCAUAUUAUGUCGACAAGAGACACUGAAAAGGUGCGUUAUUGUUUUGUGCUAUGGCGCCGUCUUUUGGACGAGUUUGCUCAUUGCGGAUGCUGCGGGUUGGAAAUGUACUUCCUGUUUCGUGCAUUUAACCAGAACUUUAAAAAAGAUUUCUUCAUUCACUCCGGAGCUACGUUUAUAAAGCUUUACAAUAUAACUAAAACAAUUCAUACUUGAUAAACCGUCGUGCAUUUAACCAGUGUAAACAAAAUAUGUAUGUUAGAAUAUUUUAUUAUAAAUAUAAAAAUAACCUACCAUUUUUUCCGGACUAUAAGCCGCUCCUUUUUUUCCAACGCUUUGAACCCUGCAGCUUAUAAAACGGUGUGGCUAAUUUAAAAAAAAAUAAUAAUUCGCUAACGGCCAUAAUGUUUUGUAUUCUACAAAUAGUUUUUAUAUUGUUUGUGCUACGGCGCCAUCUUUUGGACGAGUUUGCUCAUUGCAGAUGCUGCGGGUUGAAAAUGUACUUCCUGUUUCGUGCAUUUAACCGGAACUUUCAAAAAAGAUUUCUUCAUUCAUCACUCCGGAGCUACGUUUAUAAAGCUUUACAAUAUAACUAAAACAAUUCAUACUUGAUAAACUGUCGUGCAUUUAACCAGUGUAAACAAAAUAUGUAUGUUAGAAUAUUUUAUUAUAAAUAUAAAAAUAACCUUCCAUAUUUUCCGCACUAUAAGCCGCGACUUUUUUCCAACGCUUUGAACCCUGCAGCUUAUAAAACGGUGUGGCUAAUUUAAAAAAUAAUAAUAAUUCGCUAACGGCCAUAAUGUUUUGUAUUCUACAAAUAGUUUUUAUAUUGUUUGUGCUAUGGCGCCAUCUUUUGGACGAGUUUGCUCAUUGCGGAUGCUGCGGGUUGAAAAUGUACUUCCUGUUUCGUGCAUUUAACCAGAACUUUCAAAAAAGAUUUCUUCAUUCAUCACUCCCGAGCUACGUUUAUAAAGCUUUACAAUAUAACUAAAACAAUUCAUACUUGAUAAACCGUCGUGCAUUUAACCAGUGUAAACAAAAUAUGUAUGUUAUAAUAUUUUAUUAUAAAUAUAAAAAUAACCUACCAUUUUUUCCGGACUAUAAGCCGCUCCUUUUUUUCCAACGCUUUGAACCCUGCAGCUUAUAAAACGGUGUGGCUAAUUUAAAAAAUAAUAAUAAUUCGCUAACGGCCAUAAUGUUUUGUAUUCUACAAAUAGUUUUUAUAUUGUUUGUGCUAUGGCGCCGUCUUUUGGACGAGUUUGCUCAUUGCGGAUGCUGCGGGUUGAAAAUGUACUUCCUGUUUCGUGCAUUUAACCAGAACUUUCAAAAAAGAUUUCUUCAUUCAUCACUCCGGAGCUACGUUUAUAAAGCUUUACAAUAUAACUAAAAAAAUUCAUACUUGAUAAACCGUUGUGCGUUUAACCAGUGUAAACAAAAUAUGUAUGUUAGAAUAUUUUAUUAUAAAUAUAAAAAUAACCUACCAUUUUUUCCGGACUAUAAGCCGCUCCUUUUUUUCCAACGCUUUGAACCCUGCAGCUUAUAAAACGGUGUGGCUAAUUUAAAAAAUAAUAAUAAUAAUUCGCUAACGGCCAUAAUGUUUUGUAUUCUACAAAUAGUUUUUAUAUUGUUUGUGCUUCGGCGCCAUCUUUUGGACGAGUUUGCUCAUUGCAGAUGCUGCGGGUUGAAAAUGUACUUCCUGUUUCGUGCAUUUAACCGGAAUUUUCAAAAAAGAUUUCUUCAUUCAUCACUCCCGAGCUACGUUUAUAAAGCUUUACAAUAUAACUAAAACAAUUCAUACUUGAUAAACCGUCGUGCAUUUAACCAGUGUAAACAAAAUAUGUAUGUUAGAAUAUUUUAUUAUAAAUAUAAAAAUAACCUUCCAUAUUUUCCGCACUAUAAGCCGCAACUUUUUUCCAACGCUUUGAACCCUGCAGCUUAUAAAACGGUGUGGCUAAUUUAUAAAAAAUAAUAAUAAUUCGCUAAUAAUGUUUUGUAUUCUACAAAUAGUUGUCAUAUUGUUUGAGCUAUGGCGCCAUCUUUUGGACGAGUUUGCUCAUUGCAGAUGCUGCGGGUUGAAAAUGUACUUCCUGUUUCGUGCAUUUAACCGGAACUAUAACCACGUUUUUGCUCAAAGGGAUUUCGUCAUUCAUCACUCCCGAGCUACGUUUAUAAAGCUUUACAAUAUAACUAAAACAAUUCAUACUUGAUAAACCGUCGUGCAUUUAACCAGUGUAAACAUGAUUGUGUGUGUGUUUGUGUGUGUGUGUGUGUGUGUGUGUGUGUGUGUGUGUGUGUGUGUGUGUGUGUGUGUGUGUGUGUGUGUGUGUGUGUGUGUGUGUGUGUGUGUGUGUGUGUGUGUGUGUGUGUGU